UCUCUUCUCCUCCUUCUUUCGCUUUCCUUGUUCAUUUUUAUUUCAUCUUCUCUUUCCCUCUUCAACUCAAACCAAAAACCAAACUGCUCACGCUUCUUUCAUGCCCCUCCCCUUUCUCUCUCUAGAAUUCCCAAACGCACAAUAAUUUAUUGUUAUUCGAUUCCGUUCCGGCGACGAUGGACGAUCAGAACCAACCGCCACGUGAUGAAGACGACGAUGAUUCCAAGAAGGAAGAAGAGGAGUUGUUGAUCGACAAGGUUAACAAGCUCAUGGACAAGAUCACCUCCAACCCUGACAACCCUAAACCCUCCGUUCUCCACGCCCUUGCCUCCAUUCUCCAAACUCAUGAGUCCAGGUACAUGGAAGAGAGUGGUUAUUCUUCCUCCAGUAAUGCCCGCGCCGCGCAUCUCAUUGGCCGCCUCGGGAGUGUAAUCAGGGAAAAUGAUGAUUUCUUUGAGUUGGUAUCUGCAAAGUUUCUGUUAGAGACUAGAUACUCCACUGCGGUUCAAGCAGCCGCCGCCAGGCUUAUCCUCUGCUGUUCCCUGACUUGGAUUUAUCCUCAUGUUUUCGAAGAAUCGGUUGUGGAAAACAUAAAAAAUUGGGUGAUGGAUGACAAUCUUAGAUUUUCUGGUGAAGAGCAAAAUCAUGGGGGAAGGGAGGCCUCAGAUUCUGAAAUGUUGAAAACCUAUUCCACCGGUCUCCUUGCGGUGUGUUUGGUCGGAGAUGUUAAAGUAGUGGAAGAUGUAUUGACAUGUGGCUUGUCGGCUAAGCUUAUGCGUUAUCUUCGCUUACGUGUGCUGGGUGAGACAAGUGGCAGCCAAAGAGAUACUAGUCAUUUAUCAGAAAGUAGGCAUUCAUCUGGGAAUACUUCAGUAAGAGGUAAAGAUGAUGGUCGCAGUAGGAUUCGCCAGCUCCUUGAUUCGAGUCAUUUGGAUGAUACAAGGGUGAAUGAUGAGAGAUCAUUAGAUGACCCAACACUUGAAAGGGGUCAAGAUAGAAACACAAGUGGACAAACUUGUCAAGAAGAUGCUUGGAUAGACGAUGAACCAACUGAUAGGCUCGGUGAGGGCGCUGAUAUCUGUGAGGUAGAUUCUGAUGGGGAGGAUAGAUGGCACUGUAGAGAUAUACGUGAUGGAAAGACAAAACAUGGUGAGCAUGAAGACAAUGCUAGAGAUGACUCUUCCAGGCGGCGUGCAAACCGUGGGUGGGGAAGAUCCCGAGGGAAAGGAAGGGUCAAUGAAGGGACGGUAGAAAGUGAACCAGUUUUGUCACCUCCUGGUCCUGGUAGUCGAUUAGGGCAGGGGCGCAGUGUUAGAGAUAGGAGCAUAGUAAGGAAUGCUGAUGUUCGGAGGGUUCCUGAUUCUAAGAAUUUUGCCAGGAUCACUUCUGAGGUGUCAGUUUCCGAAAGAAUGGAUAAUGAUGACUGUUUCCAAGGGUGCCAUAUUGGAAGCAAAGAUAUUUCUGAUCUUGUGCGGAAAGCCGUCCAAGCUGCUGAAACUGAAGCCAGAUCCGCCAAUGCACCUGAAGAAGCUGUUAAAGUAGCUGGUGAUGCUGCUGCUGACCUUGUUAAAACUGCAGCUACAGAGGAAUAUAACUCCACCAAAGAUGAGGAAUUAGCUGUUUUGGCUGCUUCCAGAGCUGCAUCAACUGUUAUUGAUGCUGCCUCUGCAGUCGAAGUUUCUAGGAACUCUGUCUGCGUCAAUAAUGAGGCAGAAAAUGUGAGUGGCAGAGAAACAGAAUCUAGUGAGGACGUUGAAGAUUACUUCAUCCCAGACAUUCAAUCACUUGCAAAUUUGAGGGAAAAAUAUUGCAUACAGUGUCUUGAGUUACUUGGGCAAUAUUUAGAAGUUCUUGGCCCUGUGUUGCAUGAGAAGGGGGUUGAUGUGUGUCUUGCACUGCUGCAGCAGAAUUCUAAGCAUCAGGAGGCAUCCAAGGUUGCGUUACUGUUGCCUGAUGUCAUGAAGCUAAUCUGUGCUUUGUCAGCACAUAAGAAAUUUGCUGCAUUAUUUGUGGACCGUGGGGGAAUGCAAAAGCUGCUAGCUGUCCCUAGAUUGGCUCAAACUUUCUUUGGCCUUUCUUCUUGUCUAGUGACUAUUGGUUCUCUUCAGGGGAUAAUGGAACGGGUUUGUGCGCUUCCAUCUGAUGUUGUUUAUCAUGUGGUUGAGUUGGCUCUCCAACUCCUCGAGUGCAAUCAAGAUCAAGCCCGAGAGAAUGCCGCACAAUUCUUCGCUGUUGCAUUUGUUUUCAGAGCAGUUAUCGAUGCUUUUGAUUCUCAGGAUGGCUUACAGAAGUUGCUGGGCCUUCUAAAUGAUGUUGCUUCAGUAAGAUCAGGAGUGACUUCUGGAGCCUUGGGUUUAUCUAACUUAGGAUCACUUCGAAAUGAUCGAUCAUCUGCAGAAGCGCUGACAUCAUCUGAGAAGGUCGUAGCCUAUGAAGCUUGUGUCGCUUUGCGGAAAUAUUUUAGAGCACAUCUCCUUUUAUUAGUGGAUUCAAUUCGUCCCAACAAAAGCAAUCGUAGUGCUGCUAGAAAUGUUCCAAGUAUAAGGGCAGCUUACAAACCACUCCUCAUUAGCAAUGAGGCAAUCGAUGCAGUAUUCCAACAAUUACAGAAAGAUAGGAAGCUAGGUCCAGCAUUUGUGAGAACAUAUUGGCCAGCAGUUGAGAAGUUCGUGUCAUAUAAUGGACAUAUUACCAUGUUGGAAUUGUGUCAGGCCCCACCUCAAGAGCGAUAUCUGCAUGAUUUGGUUCAGUAUGCAUUGGGUAUUCUGCACAUUGUUACAUUGGUACCUAGCAGUCGUAAGAUGAUUGUAAAUACAACAUUAAGCAAUAACCGUGCUGGCAUAGCUGUAAUUUUGGAUGCAGCAAAUAUUGCUAGUAGUCACGUGGACCCUGAGAUAAUUCAACCGGCAUUAAAUGUUUUAGUCAAUCUUGUUUGCCCACCUCCUUCAAUCAGCAAUAAACAAUCUGCAGUUAUGCAAGGUCAGCAGUUUGUGUCUUCCCAAACCUCAAAUGGUCCUCCCUCGGAGACUCGAGAUAGAAAUGCUGAACGUAAUACGGUUACGGUUGAUCGAGCUGUUCAUGUCACCAGCCAGAUUGAUCCUAGGGAAAGGAAUGGGGAGUCCAGUGCUAUAGACCGAAGCAGUGCUGCAGCACUUAGUGCACAAUGUGUUAAUAAUACUCCACAAACGCCUGGUCCUGCUGCAAGUUCAGGUUUGGUUGGCGACCGAAGAAUAUCUCUGGGUGCAGGGGCGGGUUCUGUCGGCCUUGCUGCGCAGCUGGAACAAGCAUAUCGUCAAGCAAGAGAGGCUGUCCGCUCUAAUAAUGGCAUAAAGGUUCUUCUGCACCUCCUCCAACCACGCAUAUAUUCAUCUCCUGCUUCUCUGGACUGCCUUCGUGCUCUAGCUUGUCGUGUCCUGCUUGGAUUAGCCAGAGAUGAUACUAUUGCACACAUAUUGACAAAGCUUCAGGUUGGGAAAAAGCUGUCAGAACUAAUUCGGGAUUCAGGCAGCCCGACACUUGGAAAUGAGCAGGGUAGGUGGCAAGCUGAACUUUCCCAGGCUGCAAUUGAGCUAAUUGGGAUUGUGACUAAUUUAGGGUGUGCAAGUACAUUAGCUGCUACUGAUGCAGCUACUCCUACGUUGAGGCGCAUAGAAAGAGCAGCUAUAGCUGCUGCUACUCCUAUUACAUACCAUUCAAGGGAACUCUUGCUCCUGGUUCAUGAACACCUACAGGCAUUUGGAUUAGCACAAACUGCUUCUACAUUGCUUAAAGAGGCUCAGUUGACUCCUUUGCCAUCAUUGAUUUCUCCUACUCUUGCGCAGCAGCCCACUGCACAGGAAGCUUCUUCAACACCAAUUCAGUGGCCCUCCGGUCGUACUCCUUCUGGAUUUCUCACUCGUGUUCCUGGAUUUCUCACUCACAAAUUAAAGUUUAAUUCAAUAGAUGAGUAUUCCAGCUUGAAAAGUGAUGCUAUCUCUGCAAAGAAAAAAUCACUGACUUUCUCAUCAUCUUUUGGUUCCCAUUCAAAACACCAACCUGUUGACUCUCAGCACACAUCGGUCAGAAAAUUGUUAAGUACUGGGAGAGAGCCUUCAGAUACUAGUAUAGUAGAGACUCCGUCUGAAUCUGCGGUGAAACAUAACAUUGAUGCUGGAUCUCAGUACAAGACUCCAAUCACCUUGCCAUCAAAACGAAAGUUAUCUGAUUUAAAGGAUAUACCAAUGUUUUCAUCAUCUGUAAAGCGGCUAAAUGUUGGGGAUCAAGGACUUCGCUCUCCUGUUUGUGCGGGUGCUGUUCGUAAAAGUAGUCAGCAGACUAAUACUGUUGGGACACCCACUUGUAUCCUGAGAAGUCAACAAGGCCGUUGUACGUCUGACUGUGCGGAUGAAAGUCAGUACAGUAUCUCAAAUCCAGGUCAGGGGUCGUCCUCCCAAAUAUUAAAUGAUCUUCAGGCCAACAACUCUGAGCGUGUAACAUUGGAUUCUCUAGUGGUUCAGUAUCUGAAGCAUCAGCAUCGCCAAUGCCCCGCUCCCAUUACCACACUUCCUCCACUGUCUCUUCUACACCCACAUGUUUGUCCGGAACCUAAGCGAAGCCUUGAUGCCCCUUCUAAUGUGUCAGCUCGACUUGGUACCCGUGAAUUUAAGUUUAGGUAUGGUGGAGUGCAUGGGAAUCGCAGGGAUCGUCAAUUUGUUUUCAGCCGGUUUAGACCAUGGCGCACUUGUCGGGACGAUGCUGGUGCCUUAUUAACGUGCAUCACAUUUGUUGGAGACUCUUCUCAUAUUGCUGCUGGGAGCCAUAAUGGAGAGCUCAAAUUUUUUGACUCCAAUAACAACAAUGUCGUGGAAAGCUUUACAGCCCACCAGUCUCCUUUGACCCUUGUUCAGUCGUUCGUUUCUGGUGAGACCCAGACAUUGCUUUCCUCAACCUCUCAAGAUGUUAAGCUGUGGGAUGCAACAUCAAUUUUAGCUGGUCCUAGUCAUUCAUUUGAAGGUUGCAAGGCUGCCAGGUUUAGCAAUUCUGGUAAUGUUUUUGCAGCCUUGUCAUCAGAUACUGCACGACGGGAAAUCCUCUUGUAUGAUAUCCAAACAUGUCACAUAGAGUCGAGUUUAGUAGAUACAUAUCCAUCUUCCACAGGGAAGGGUAAUGUUUAUCCUUUAAUCCACUUCAGCCCUUCUGAUUCAAUGCUGCUUUGGAAUGGUGUUUUGUGGGACCGCCGGGUCUCUGGGCCUGUUCAUCGCUUUGAUCAGUUCACAGACUAUGGGGGUGGAGGCUUUCAUCCUGCUGGCAAUGAGGUUAUUAUAAACUCUGAAGUCUGGGAUCUGCGCAAGUUCAGACUUCUACGCAGCGUGCCUUCAUUAGAUCAAACAGCAAUAACAUUCAAUGCACGCGGUGAUGUAAUGUAUGCAAUCUUGAGGAGAAAUCUUGAGGAUGUAAUGUCAGCAGUCCACGCACGUCGUGUCAAGCAUCCUCUUUUUGCAGCUUUCCGCACAGUGGAUGCAAUCAAUUAUUCGGACAUUGCUACUACCCCUGUUGAUCGCUGUGUUCUUGAUUUCGCAACUGAACCAACAGAUUCAUUUGUUGGGCUGAUAACUAUGGAUGAUCAAAAUGAGAUGUAUGCAUCAGCCAGAGUAUAUGAAAUUGGUCGAUGUAGGCCAACUGAUGAUGAUUCUGAUCCUGAUGAUGCUGAAAGCGAAGAUGAGGAAGAUGAUGACGAUGAUGAUGAUGGUGAUGAUGAAGAUCCUCUUUUAGGCCCUGGUCUCGGCAGAGAGAGUGAUAGUGAUGACAUGAGCAAUGAUGACUAUGAUAGUGCAAGUGACAUUGAUGAUGAAGAUGCAGAUUUCAUUUUGGAUGAUUUAGACUUUGACGGAGGAACAGGCUUAUUAGAGAUUGUGGGAGACCGAGAUGAGGAUGAUGAUGAUAGUCAAGAACUUGAAUCUGCAAGUAGUGACGAUGAGGACUUUGAUGAUAAUGACUUUGGUUAUUAAUUGUCAAUCUGAGGAACUGUAAUUACUUCUCUUAUUAUAUCCAUUUUAGGUUAGGCUCAAAAUUUUGCUGUAAUCUUUCACAUUUACGUCUUCAGCGAAGUUAUGAUGGUAUAUAAGUCAAGAAGCGCAAUUGUUUUU